CAUGUUGGGAUUUGCAGCACCAGGGUGUAGCCUCCAACACACACCCCAGUAAUCUGGUCUUACCUGCUGCUCGCUCAGACAGCGGUGAGGAAACGCCGGGGGUUGCGCUGCUCUUCCCCACGAGCUGAGGCUCCAGGAGACAGCCAGGGGCAGAUGUGUGAGCCCACCCGGCAGAGGGGACACAGAGCUCGUGGGCUGAGGCACCGAGAUCCGGGGAGGUGUGCUGAGACUGGCAAAGCAGAAAUAGGACUCGAAGCAACAGAGUGCCAGAUGGGCUCUGCACAAGGGCAGCUCCCUUCCCAGCUACACGUGGCAGUGCCAGGUCACAGAUGUGCUGGCAGGCAGAAGUGCAUCAGGAAGUGAGAAAGGAGAAGAGACAAACUGCAGCAUGCCAGAUGUAGAGUCAGCCGCAGCGUGGUAGGGACCAGCUGUGAUUUGGACGAAGAUUUGCCUGGUUCUGUUUUGAUCCAAGCUGCUUUGUGGGUUUGGGGCCCGGACCGAGACCUCUGCAGAGGCAGCAAUCACCAAGCUCCAACCAGCCAGCAUCCACACUUGGCUCUUCUCCAGCAGUGAGGAAUUGUACUGACAGCUGGCAAUGAUCCUCCAUCACUUUGUCACCUUGUAACGCUGGAAAGAAUUGCUGAACUGGGGGCAGAAACAUCUGUGCCAGAUGACCACAGACCAGCAAUCCAAAGCACUGCCAGCCAAGAUUGCCCAUCUACCUCUCAGCAGCAGAUGACAGGAAUGACCUGCCCGUGGCUCCUCAGAGGGGAACAACUUCCCUCAGUGCUCUUCUUUGUGCCUCCUUAGCCCAUCACCAGGCUCAGCCAUCUCAGCAAGAGCAUUUUCUGACCCAUGCUGGGCAUGUCAGCGUCCAAUGCAUCCAAUUCAUCUCAGACAUGCAAGGAUUACACCUUCAACCACCACCUCCUCAUGCCUGGAUACACCCUGAUAUUCAUCACAGGUUUGAUACUCAAUGUGGUAGCCCUGUGGAUAUUUGUCCGAUAUCUGCGCCUGAAGUCUGUAGUGAUGAUCUACAUGUUGAACCUGGCCAUAAGUGACCUCAGCUUCACACUUUCUCUGCCCCUGCGACUCUACUACUAUAUCAACCACCACUGGCCCUUUGGUAGCUUCCUGUGCCAGGUCUCUGGCUCAGUCUUCCAGAUCAACAUGUACGGCAGCUGCCUCUUCCUCAUGUGCGUCAACCUGGAUCGCUACGUUGCCAUCGUUCACCCGCGUCGCUGGCGGCAUCUGCGGCGCCCCAAGGUGGCCAAGCUCCUCUGCUUCAUCGUCUGGGUUGUGAUCUUCAUGGGCUCCAUCCCCACUGCCAUAGUCCACAAGCAAAACCACUGUAAAGUAAAAAACCAGACCAUUUAUCUGUGCUUUGAAAGCUUUAGCGACAACAUGUGGCAGAAUAACCUCUUCCCCCUGGUAAUCCUGGCUGAAAUCUUGGGGUUUCUCCUGCCUCUCAGCUCUGUGCUGUACUGCUCAAUUCGCAUCUUUCAGGAGCUCUGCCAGCCCAGCCAGACAAAGACCCUGCGGCAGCGGAAGACCGUCCGUCUCCUCUUGGUCAAUCUGGUCAUCUUCAUCAUCUGCUUCGUGCCCUACAACACCACCCUGGCGGUUUAUGGGAUGAUAAAGGCCCGGGUGAUGAAGGUUGAGGAACAAACCCAGGCCUCGGUGCGCCAAGCGUUAAUUAUAACGAUGAUGUUUGCCAGCAUGAACUGCAUGCUGGACCCCCUGAUCUACUACUUCAGCACCGAGGGUUUCCGCAACACCUUCAAGAAAUUGCGGCGGGGACAAGCCUGGGACUCAGAGAUGGGAACGCUUAAGCAUCAGAUUGUGGAGAGUAAGUCACCCCGGGACCACGCUGUGUCUAAAGUCAAACUGUUCCCAUCUGAAAACUUUAUCCGUCCCCAUGAAUCCUCACCGUCACUUCCUACUGCAGUGUUCCUGAAUGGGCCCAUUGAGGACUCGGAAAUUUAAGCCCAGGAAAGCCAUACCAUUGCAGAGUCACACAAGCAAUAGGGACAGCAAGCCUGUGGGACACAGCAAACUGCUUGAGGGAGCACAGCAGACUGUCUGUGGGUGAACGUGAUGAUGCAAAGCUGAAGGAUGAAAGGUUGUUUUGAAUAAACAGAGGUGCCUUUGUGACAUGGUCAUACCUGACUCUUUUGGUACAGGAAACACAGUGGGGAACAAGGAUUUGAAACAAACUUAGUGUAUCUAGGUCUGGCCGCCAUGAAUUCCUGUAGCAGGUCCAUCCUGACUGAG